AUGGGGCCUCCAACACCUUAUGAAGUUCACACGGGCCCACUCCUCCAGGUCCCUCUGGAUGGCAUCCUGCCCCUCUGGCAUAUCAACUGCACCAGCCAGCUUGGGGUCAUCAGCAGACUUGCUGGGGGUGCUCUCAGUGCCACUCUCAAUAUAACUAAUGAAGCUUCAGCAAGCAGAAGAGGCAAGACACCACAGUUUGUGAGACCACAUGUACCUCCCAGAACUGAGAGGAUGGCUGUUGAUCAAGACUGGAGCAGUGUUUAUCCAACAGCAGCUGCCUUUAAACCUGCCUCAGUGCCUCUCCCAGUCCGAAUGGGUUACCCAGUGAAGAGAGGAGUACCUCCACCAAAAGAAGGCAACUUAGAACUUAUAAAGAUUCCCAAUUUUCUGCAUCUUACUCCUCCUGCAAUUAAGAAACACUGUGCAGCUCUUAAAGAUUUUUGCACAGAAUGGCCAAGUGCUUUGGACAGUGAUGAGAAAUGUGAACGACAUUUUCCUAUUGAAAUUGAAACAGUAGAUUAUGUUUCUUCAGGGACAUGUAUUCGCAAUCCCCAAGCAAGAGUGGUGACUUUAAGAGUUAAACUUUCCAACCUGAACUUGGAUGACCAUGCAAAGAAGAAGCUCAUUAAACUUGUAGGAGAGCGGUACUGUAAGGAUACAGAUGUACUCACAAUUGUAACAGACAGGUGUCCAUUAAGAAGACAGAACUAUGAUUAUGGCAUACACCUCCUCACAGUUUUGUACCAUGAAUCUUGGAAAACUGAGACGUGGGAGAGCGAGAAGGCUGAGGAGGACAUGGAAGAGUACAUUUGGGAAAACAGCCGCUCUCAGAAAAAUGCCUUGGAUACACUACUGCGAAUGAAAGCCUCAGAGAAUAUCAGUAAUGUAACUCAGGAAGAGCUUCUUGCAUCUGAAGUGGUUAAGGAUUACAGAAACUCUGUAAUUGCACUGAAAAAUGAAGGUGAAACAGAAAGUAACAUGUCUCGGUAUAAGGAAUCUGUGAAGAAGCUACUAAAUAUACAGGCAUGCCCAUGAGAGCAGACUCUGCAGGUACAGCUGAUUAUUUUUGAAAUAUUAAAUUACUGUGUUAAUAUUUCUACAUGAUAUAGAUGUAUAAUUAUUAAGAACCAUAACAAUAAAUAUGAAACUUGA